AUGUCUGACCACGUCGGUUCAGGAUAUUCUACCCCGAACAUGAGCAAUUCACAGGCUUCCUCCGUCGAGGAUCUCAAGGCCGAUGAGUCACAUCUUACACCUGUCCAGCGCUUGAAGAAGCGUUGGAGAGAGAUUCAGAAGAAGUGGGGACCUCUUAUGGCCGCCAAAGAAAGUUGGGAAGAUGAAUACACCUUCACGCCUGGCCGGUACUCUGGCCAGGGACGGGACCAGUGUUAA